CGCCGGCCCAAAAGGCGGAGUCGCGAGGCGGAGGGCCCAGAGCUGUGAGAACUGUGCUGAGUGCGACGCGUAGAAAGCCUGCGGGAGCCCAGACCCGGAGGAGACCCUCGUCCCCGCCCGGCCUGGCCCGGCCCCGCGCUAUGGAGUUCCUCUGGGCCCCUCUCUUGGGUCUGUGCUGCAGUCUGGCCGCUGCUGACCGCCACACCGUCUUCUGGAACAGUUCAAACCCCAAGUUUCGGAAUGAGGACUACACAGUACACGUGCAGUUAAAUGACUACCUGGACAUCAUCUGUCCUCAUUAUGAGGAUGAGUCUGUGGCAGACGCUGCCAUGGAGCGGUACACACUGUACCUGGUGGAGCGCGAGCAGUACCAACUGUGCCAACCCCAAUCCAAGGACCAGGUCCGCUGGCAGUGCAACCAGCCCAGUGCCAGGCAUGGCCCAGAGAAGCUGUCUGAGAAGUUCCAGCGCUUCACACCCUUUACCCUGGGCAAGGAGUUCAAAGAGGGACACAGCUACUACUACAUCUCCAAACCCAUCCACUACCAGGAAGACCAGUGCUUGAGGUUGAAGGUGAACGUCAAUGGCAAAAUCACUCACAGUCCUCAGGCCCAUGCCAAUGCACAGGAGAAGAGGCUUCCAGCAGAUGACCCAGAGGUGCAGGUUCUACAUAGCAUUGGUCACAGUGCCGCCCCCCGCCUCUUCCCACUCGCCUGGGCUGUGCUGCUCCUGCCGUUCCUGCUGCUGCAAACCCUAUGAAGAUGUAUGCUGCAUGCACUGUAGGAAUUGGAACUGGGCUGAGGGGGCAGGGCGGGCCUCCCUCACCUGCCUGGGGCCCCUCCCAAAGCCCUAGUCCUGGGAGCCACUCCUACCACAUGCACAAGCUGCCACCCAGCAGCGUCAAAACGGGUCAGUAUUAAAGCUUUCAACCCAAAGGAGGUCAGCAAGCCUGACAGUGCCAUCCUCGCCUCCACCUCAGAGGGAUGGACAAAGAAGUGGACAGUCCUUUCCCCUUCAUUCCUGCCCUUAAGCCAAAGAAACGGGCUGUGCGGACAUGGCCUCUUAAGAAGGGCACUGUGGGAGCCGAGCUGAAAGGGGCUUGGGCUUACAUGGAUGGACACUGAGCUUGGCAAAGAUGUCCCUCCCAGAGAGAGCCAGGAUGGCUCUGAAGGAAAAGCAAGAGACAGUUUCCUGCUUGGGAGCCAGGGACAGGAGAGGCAACAUGCUUGGGCUGACCCAGCAUCUCCCCCAAGACUGUUCUCUGUGGAGGUGCCACGGAGAGGACUGUAGCCAGUCACUACAUCCUCUCCCACCCUGGGGCAUCACUCCACAAAGCUGUGCCAGCAGGGGGGCUGUGCCAACCUGUUCUUAGAGUGUAGCUGUAAGGGCAGUGCCCAUGUGCACAGAGUCUGUGCCUAGACUGACUGUAGCCUGAAGGGCAGGGCCCACGAGUACAGAAUCUGUAUAUGAACUAGAUGUGUGUCUGCUGAUUUCUACAACUGGAGUUUUUUUAUACAAUGUUCUUUGUCUCAAAAUAAAGCAAUGUGUUUUUUUGGA